AUGCCAUCAAAGAGGAAGGCCACCGCACCGGCAGUCGAACAGCCCAAUGGCUCACCCCCUAGUAAAAAGGGCCGUACAGACCUGCACCAACCGCACCCAAACGCUAAACAAACUGAAGAGUUCGGUAUAGUCUUGCGCCAAUUCUAUCCACCGGAGAUGAGCAACGAGCGGUGCCAAGCAUAUACCGAUGGCGAACUAGAACGCCCGAUUGAAACACUACAGAAAGCUUGCCGGGAAACCGCCGACCAGCGCCGGUCAAUCAGCGUGGGCAGUGCUGUAGUAUAUUGGUUCAAGAGCGACCUCCGACUUCAUGACAGCAGGGCGCUGCACACGGCCUACCGAUUUGCGAAAGAGAAUCAGGUGCCGUUGAUCGGUCUUUAUAUCGUCUCCCCCGAAGAUUGGACUGCUCAUUUGACUAGUCCCGCCCGAGCGGACUUCACCCUGCGUACCCUCAAGCGAUUGCAACAGGACCUGGGAGAACUAGAUAUCCCUCUGCAUAUGGAAACACAGGAGAAACGGAAGGCGAUUCCAAAACGGGUCGUGGAAUUGUGUCAAGAGUGGGGUGCGAAGAACCUAUAUGCGAAUAUUGAGUAUGAGGUAGACGAACUCCGGCGCGAAGGCAGGCUUGUUAGACUCUGCGCAGAUAGCGACAUCAAUUUUACUCCCACUCACGAUACAUGUGUGGUUACUCCGGGGGCGCUGGCUAGCCAGCAAGGGAAACAAUAUUCUGUUUAUACUCCAUGGUAUCGCUCUUGGUUGGCCUUUCUGAAAGAGAACCCGGAUUAUCUUGAGGUCUCUGAGGAACCUGGGCCAAACCCAGGGAAUGCGCGUCAACAAUUCAAGGAUCUGUUUGAUUGCAAGGUGCCAGCUGCUCCUAAAACCCACACAUUGUCGGAUGAAGAUCAGAAUCGCAUCGAGGGGCUUUACCCGGCCGGUGAGCAUGAAGCUCUCCAGCGACUGGAUAACUUCCUUGAGGUGAAAGGUAAAAAGUAUGAGGAGUCACGGAGCAUGUUGUCUGGUGAGAAUACUUCGGUUCUGAGUCCUUACUUUGCAUGCGGAGCCCUCAGUGCAAGGACUGCGGUCGCGACAGCGAAAAGGACCAACAAAGGCUAUCUCGAUCGAUACGACCCCGGUUACAUCACAUGGAUCAGCGAACUGGCCUGGCGUGACUUCUACAGGCAUGUCCUAGUGAACUGGCCCUUCAUCUGUAUGAACAAGUGCUUCAAGCCCGAGAAUACAAACAUUGAAUGGGAGUACGACAAGGACCGAUUUCAAGCGUGGUGCGAGGGCAAGACAGGCUUCCCGAUCGUUGACGCAGCAAUGCGCCAACUCCGUCACUGCGCGUGGAUGCAUAACCGCACACGCAUGGUCGUCUCAUCGUUCCUUACGAAGGACCUGAUGCUCGAUUGGCGCCGUGGUGAGCGGUACUUCAUGGAGAAUCUCAUUGAUGGCGAUUUCGCGUCCAAUCACGGCGGGUGGGGAUUCGGAUCUAGUACUGGCGUAGAUCCGCAACCAUAUUUUCGCAUCUUCAAUCCUCUUCGUCAGAGUGAACGAUUCGACCCGGAGGGGGAAUAUAUCCGCCACUGGGUACCGGAACUGCGCGAGGUGUCUGGCAAAGCCAUCCACGAACCUUAUGCCAAGGGGGCGACAGCCAUUGCGCAGAAGAAUGGUUAUCCCAAGCCCAUUGUGGACCACGCAGAGAGUCGAGAUCGAGCGUUGAAGCGGUUCAAGGGUGCACUUCAGAAAUAA